AUGCUAGCUAGGAUAGUAAACUUGGUUUCUCGCAAGUCAAAUAAGAAUAUUGUUGAAAAAUAUACAGAAGAUUUAUCCCAGAUAACUGCAGAGAUUCAUAAUUUGGACAAAGUUUUACAGAGGAGAGAGAAAAAUUUAGCAAGUUUACAAUCUAAGAUAAACUACUAUGGAUUAGCAAUUGGAAUUUUCAUUCUUUCAUACGUGCACUGGUACAGUUUUGGAAACAUAUUGUACGUUAGCUUGGCUGCUUUAAUUUAUGUUGGUUUUCUAGUGUUUAUCAAAUGGAUAACUUAUAGGAUUUGGCACCUAUUGACUACACAGAAGACAAAGAAACUAAGUAAACUGAAGGCAAUUCAUGCCAAGAAAUUAAAUCAAUUGAAAACUGAGACGAGAUUUAACGAGACGAAUUCGAUUAUCAAGAGAUUUACUUCAGGUAACGAUGAAAAUGACGAUCAAAUGUUACUAUUAGAUGAAGAGUUAGUUAAUAAACAAAAUCAAUUAACUUUGUUAAAAGAAGAACUAUCAAAGCUUCAAAAUUCUAAUAAAGUGGAAAAAGAUGCGUGGUUUGAUAAAGUUCUUAAUGUCAUUGCAGGUGGUAACGAACAAAACAAUGUGAUAAAACCUAUUAUUUGUGAAAAAUGCCAAAAACAUACUGGAGCUUACAAAUUAGCUAAUAAAUCACUAACCUAUAUAUGUCCCCAAUGCAAUUGGAAAUAUGAAAGUAAAUAA